UUCCUUCUCCUCUUCACCAUCUGAAUUGCUAAGCUUUUACAUCUAAGUGGAAGAAAUUCAAUGGAAGUAAUGAACAAGUACAUAUCGAUAAAGAGUCACAUAGAUGGUGUUCCAGAGGAAUCCGAUUUUGAGCUCAGGACUGAACUUCUUUCUGUGUCACUCGAGUCCGGUUCAAAUGAUGUUAUAGUGAAAAAUUUCUAUGUAUCUGUUGAUCCUUACCAGAUAAACCGCAUGAAGAAAUAUAGCUCUUCGCAGGAAGCUUCCAGUUUUGCAGUUGCCAUCACUCCUGGCCAGCCUAUUGAUGCCUUUGGUGUGGGGAGAGUUGUGGCUUCAGAAAACCCUGCAUUUGAAAAGGAUGACUUGGUUGCUGGGGUUACCAGUUGGGGAGAUUAUAGCAUUGUAAGAGGUGGAAACAUGUUGAAUAAGUUGGACACCAUGGGUUUUCCUUUGUCUUACCAUCUCGGACCUCUAGCAUUUAGUGGGCUUACAGCCUAUGGUGGGUUUUUCGAAGUGUGUAAGCCGAAGAAGGGAGAGAAAGUAUUUGUAUCUUCUGCUUCUGGAUCGGUUGGAAAUUUGGUUGGACAAUACGCAAAGCUGUUUGGGUGCUAUGUUGUUGGCUGUGCUGGAAGCCAAAAAAAGGUAGAAUUGAUGAAAGAAAAGCUUGGUUUUGAUGAUGCAUUCAACUACAAAGAAGAAACUGAUCUGAAAUCUGCUCUCAAAAGGUACUUCCCAGAUGGAAUUGAUAUAUACUUUGACAAUGUGGGAGCUGAGAUGCUAGAAGCGGCAGUGGCAAACAUGAAUGCUUUCGGUAGAGUUGCAGCUUGUGGUGUAAUUUCCGAAUACACAGAUGCUGGGAAACGAGCGGCGCCAAGCAUGCUAGAUGUUGUGUACAAGAGAAUCACAAUCAGAGGAUUUUUAGCUGCUGAUUUAAUGAAUGUUUACGCAGAUUUCAUUUCCACAACAGCUGAUCACAUCCGCACUGGCAAACUUCAUGUGCUUGAAGACAUUUCACUCGGUUUGGAGAGUGUCCCAACUGCUUUUAUAGGCCUAUUUCGUGGAGAUAAUGUUGGGAAAAACAUGGUUAAAAUAGCAGACGCUUAAAACUCAUUUUGUAUAAGCAAAUCUGCUUGAAUAUGUGAUGUUGACAUGUUGUAUUCCAGAGAGUUUUUAUUUGUUUAAA